AAACAAACAAAACGAAAAAUAAAAACACAAAACAAAAACAACAGCGCAUUGAAAUUAUGUGUUUUCAAAAGUAUAUGUGUUGCAUUUUUGGUGCGAAGAAGACGAGGGAAAAUUCAAAAGCAGCGUCUUCUACUCUAAAUCCGAAUUAAUUGAAAAUUUCAAAACCCCCGCUCAGUCUCAUUCUCGCCAAUCACCAUGAUUCAUCACCGUCGCCCUUAAAUAAUCAUAUGUAAUUUCCAUUAAAUCCUACACAGCUAAUUUCCCCAACCAUCGUCACUGCUUCUUCUUCACCGCCAUGGCGCACGAUAGACACCUUCCCUGCGACGGCGACGGCAUUUGCAUGGUCUGCAAGGAGAAGCCGCCGGCCGAUGACAACCUCGCCUGCAAGACUUGCGCCUCGUCCUGGCACGUGCAAUGCCUCUCUUUCCUCCGCCCUCAAACCCUAGCCGACGCUCUCCGGUGGGAGUGCCCCGACUGCGCCCUCCCCGCCGAUCCAAAUCCGCCGCCGAUCCUUGGCGGAGCCGAGUCCUCCGGGGGGGACCUCAUCUUAGCGAUUCGCGCGAUCGAGUCGGACCGGUCACUCUCCGAGCAGGAGAAGGCGAGGAGGCGACAACAGCUCGUGAGCGGCGGAGCGGUACCCUCGGAGGCUGAGAAGGAUAGGGAGAAGAAAACGACUGACGAUGACGAGAUACUCGAGAUCUUCGAUGAGAGUUUGAACUGCUCGUUUUGCAUGCAGAUGCCGGAAAGGCCUGUUACAACUCCAUGUGGCCACAAUUUUUGCUUGAAAUGCUUCCAAAAGUGGAUUGGGCAGGGGAAGCGCACAUGUGCUAAUUGUCGCAAUGAAAUUCCAACAAAGAUGGCAAACCAACCUCGAAUCAACUCUGCCCUUGUUAUUGCCAUUCGAAUGGCGAAACUGGCAAAAUCUAGCACCGUGCGUGGUCCACCAAAGGUCUACCAUUAUGUGCACAAUCAGAGCCGGCCAGACAAAGCAUACACAACGGAGCGGGCAAAGAAACCUGGGAAGGCUAAUGCCUGUAGUGGAAAGAUCUUUGUCACUGUUCCACCUGAUCAUUUUGGUCCGAUUCUGGCAGAGAAUGAUCCAUUAAGGAAUCAAGGUGUGCUGGUGGGUGAGUCUUGGGAGGAUCGUCUCGACUGUAGACAAUGGGGAGCUCAUCUACCUCCGGUUGGAGGUAUUGCUGGGCAGUCAAAAUAUGGUGCCCAGUCAGUGGCACUCUCUGGAGGCUACGAAGAUGAUGAGGAUCAUGGCGAGUGGUUCCUCUACACAGGAAGUGGUGGAAGAGACCUUAGUGGAAAUAAGCGUACAAACAAGGAGCAGUCCUCGGAUCAAGAGUUUGAGAAAUAUAAUGAGGCACUGCGAGUAAGUUGCAGGGAAGGCUAUCCAGUUCGAGUUGUGAGGUCACACAAGGAAAAGCGUUCUUCUUAUGCUCCAGAAACAGGGGUUCGCUAUGAUGGUAUAUACAGGAUUGAGAAAUGUUGGCGCAAAGCAGGGACUCAGGGUUUUAAGAUGUGCAGAUAUCUUUUCGUUCGAUGUGACAAUGAGCCUGCUCCAUGGACAAGUGAUGAACAUGGGGACCAUCCAAGACCUUUGCCAAUUAUUAAUGAGUUAAGAAGCGCUACUGAUAUAACUGAAAGGAAAGCAACUCCAUCUUGGGAUUAUCAUGAGGAGAAGGAUUGCUGGAUGUGGAAGAAAACCCCACCACAUAGCAGGAAACAAGUGGAUGGUGGAAAUUCAAGAAAAAGAAAUAGAACAAAAUCUGAACAUGUGUCUAUGCGAGAUAAGCUUCUGAAAGAGUUCAGCUGUCUUAUCUGUAGAAAAGUGAUGACGCUCCCUCUUACUACCCCCUGUGCUCAUAACUUCUGCAAGGGAUGUCUGGAGGGUGUCUUUGCUGGUCAAUCUUUCAUGAGACAAAGAACAUGUGAAGGCAGGCGAACACUACGAGCACAAAAAAAUAUUAUGAAAUGCCCAUCUUGUUCCAAUGACAUAUCUGACUUUCUCAAAAAUCCACAGGUUAAUAGAGAGUUGAUGGGUGUAAUAGAAUCACUCCAGCGUAGGGCUGAAGAGGCAGAUGAAAUUGCCGAGUUGUCAAGUGAAGGGACUAACAGCAUAGAGCAGAGCCCAGAUGAAAUUGCUGGAGAAGGAGAAAUCUGCAAUACUAAUUCCAGGCAUUCGGAGGAAACCAAAGGGGUUAUCCCAAGUCCUCUUAAGCGGAAGAAAGCAAAUGGUGAGUAUCUUGGUGGGAUCAAAGAUGAGACAAAUGCUGAAAUGGAAGUCACUGCCUGUUAAACCUCAAGAAUCUGAAAAUUACAAAACAGAAGCAGCUUCAAUGGGAUCAAACUUCUGCUAACUUGUAAACAAGCCAAGGCUGAUGGUGGUCCAAUUGCUUGAGAAUGCUAAGCCCAGCAGAACUGUUUAGGAUAACUUCAUGUUUAGUACUUCAUUUGUUAUUUUGUUCUAGUAUUUGUCUUUGAAGCAGAGAGCCAAGGAGCGUUUGGUUGGCAGUGUGAAAAAUAUCUUUUUGAUAUAAUGACAUCCUUGGGAAUGGCUUCUUAUUUGAUUUGUGAUGCGUUGAUGAUGGAGCAACCUUGAGUAAAUUAAUAAAAUAGAAAGAACCGUCUUCUAACUUCAUUGAAAAA